AUGCCGGUGCUGAAGCAGUUGGGCCCCGCGCAGCCCAAGAAGCGGCCGGAGCGCGGCGCCUUGUCCAUCUCCGCGCCGCUCGGCGACUUCCGGCACACGCUGCACGUGGGACGCGGCGGCGACGCCUUCGGGGACACCUCGUUCCUGAGCCGCCACGGCGGCGGGCCGCCCCCCGAGCCCCGGGCGCCGCCCGCGGGGGCCCCGCGCUCCGCGCCGCCGCCCGCAGUGCCGCAGGCCUCGCCGCCCGCCCUCCGCGCGCCUGCGCCCGCUGACCCGCUGCUGUCCUUCCACCUGGAUUUGGGCCCCUCCAUGCUGGACGCAGUGCUGGGCGUCAUGGACGCGGAGCGCCCGGGCGCCAAUGCGGCCAAGCCCGACGUGGACCCCGGCCCCGGGGCGCAGCACCCCCGGGCCCGCUGCCUCGCCAACGCGGACAUCGAGCCGGACGACGUCAUCGGCCUGUAG